AUGGACAUUAAAGCAUUUACUUCCGACACGGAUUUGCGUUUGACUCUCUGCAGUUGUAGAAUUUGGAUAGAGGAUUCAAAUGGUUAUCGCAUAGCCGGUGACGAAGACUACCGCGAUUGUAGUUACGAUCCUGCUGGCGAUGACCAUGAAUAUCUUAGUUUUCAAAACCAAACGUACACGGUACAUGCUAAAGUUGGAGGUAGUCUCGAGAAACAGAAAGUACGAGGACCUUUUAAUGAAAAUACCUGUUUUAGUAUACAUGGCAGUGUUGAUGAUUGGAAAUUCGAUCAAAAAUCUUGUUCUUAA